GAAAAUGAUGAAUUUGCGCCAGUCGCCAAGUGCCAGAAAGCACCCUUCGUCCCGAACACUCAGCGAUGAGCAACGCCAGGCUUGAGUGAGCAUAGACCUCAAACAUCGCGACUCAACAGUCGGGUCCAAACACCAGACCCGAGUUCCCUAUUUGGGGUUACGCCCAACAUUUCCUAGAACCAGAAACCUGCCCCAGUUUCGGGCCCGACCUCGGUUUCACCACUGCGGCUCGUAUUGAGCACCCACGACGAGAGCAGAGAGGAUAUUUCAAGGAGAUGACUGCAAGUGGAGCCUCGGAAUCAGGGGUCGAGUCGGACACGACAACGACACAGCUCCCCGGAGGGGAAUUGCAGCAUGGUGUUCACGAGAGCCUGUACUCUCCGCGCACUCCCUCCCCACCACCACCACCACCACCACCACAGUCCUCUUCCCUCAGGCAGACGAUGACUCCGAGCCCAGACCGCAAACGAGUGCGCUGGAGUCCCGUUGUCGAAGAGUUCACAGUGGGCCAUACGCGGCAGAGCUCAGCCGGGUCUGGCUCGUCUUGGGCAUCUUCGUCCCCGCCCACUAGCUGGAGCGGACCCAAUCCUCCACCUCUCUACAAGCCGGCGGAAACGACACCGCCGACCCCGCUCAUCUCGCAACCGAUCCCACUCCCGGACGACGAAGACGAGGACGACGGCGAACACGAAGCCAACGGCGGUGCGACGGAACCGACCAUCAACGCGUGUCUCAGUGUGAUGCAGCUCGACCUGUCCCUCCCGUCCCGCACGUUCCGCAGCGAGCUCGGGCCGCACCAAGCCCUGCUCGACACCGCGGCCUGCGACCCCCCGGCGGACGUGCUGUUCCUCCGCGUCGACACGGGGCUGGUGAAAGCCAAGAUCGAGGUGCGCUCGCACGCGGGGUCCGGCGCGGCAGUCACGGUCGGGGACGUGCUGAGCACCCUGCAUGCCGAGCUGCGCAGGCCGGACGGCGGAGGCACGCCCGCGGACGCGGUGCCGUAUGCCCAGCAGCGCAUCGCGGCGGAGGGCGGAGGCGGUGCACGGAUCGUCGACCACUUGUUGGGGCGGACGGUGCUGGCUGGGCUGCAUCGGCAGGUGGGACACGGUGAUAACCAUUGGCAGGUCGAUCUGGUGUAGUCACCGGCAACCCACGACGGGCAUGUAUUCUCCCAGCUUCCAGGCGCCAUUGCGCGGCGUGUUGUAUAAUGUAUUGUACUCAUAUCCGAGUAGCGAUCGACGUGACGCACCCCAUUCAAGCUGUAACCGCACAGGCUGAUGUGAGUCACAGCACCGAUUGCAUCGCAAGCUGCAGCAGAAUGGGUGAGCAGACGGCUACACAUUACGAGCACGACAUGGAAGGUAGGAGGCGAUUUCCUUUUUGGGACAUGAGGGAUAAUGGAA